AUGAUCAUUAUCAUUCAUAAGGCGAUGAAUGGAUGUUGUGCGAUGACAUAUACGCCAGAUCGUGCUCCAUCUUCAAUAUUAUUUCGAUCUUCACGAAACCACUCACAUCAUUUUUCAACUAUUCUGACAGGUGGAGCCUGUGAUAUACUUCGUACGUUCGAAUCAUAUCGCCAAAGUGUACUUCGUAAUGAAUAUAUAACACCUGUUGGUCGAAAUUUUUUUCUAUCCGAACUUCAUGCUUUACACACAAAUUGCAAGCGUGUUCUAAAUUAUGCAGCCGAACACAAUGAAGUUUUCAGUCAAAAUUUGCCUGCUGUUGGUCCGUUGGUAGUUUGUGGCCUUGCACGUACAGGUACAACAUUACUCUACAAUUUGCUUGCCUGCGAUCCGAAUUGUCGUGCACCAUUGUACACUGAUAUGACUGUUGAAGUCGUUCCACCGAUUUCACGAUCCGAUUCGAUCGGACAAAAACGACGAAAUGAUCUUUUAAAAUCUCCUCAACAAGAGGAUGAACAAUUAUUCGAAAUACUCAUUCAAAUAGCUGCAUUUCAUGCACAUUUUGAUAUUGAAGAAGACUUUCAUAUUCUACGUCAAGCUGGCUAUUUUUCCCUGUUUAAUCUUAUAUCUGAUGACGAAGAUUGCACUCCUGAGAGUUGGAUUCAUAAGGAAAUGAACAACGAUCAUGCAUAUGAUUAUCAUGAAAUAUUUCUACGUAUGUUAAAUACUGCUGAUAUGCCAAAAUCGCAUUGGCUAUUAAAAUCACCGUUGCAUAUUUUUUCUUUUGAUAAAUUGCUUCAACAUUAUCCGAAUGCAUUAUUAAUCGUGACACAUCGACCGCGUGACGAGGUUCUACCGGCAUCGUGUAGU